AAAUUAUGAAUGAUGGAAAAUAGUGACACUGGUAUAACAUGUCUUCUCAACGAGAUCAGGUCGAAGUUACCGAAGAUCUGAAAGCAUUUGAACGACGUUUAACAGAGUAUAUAUCAGGACUACAUCCAAAGGCAGUCCGUUGGAGAAUUGUGUUUGCAAUGUCGUCAAUUUGCACCAUAUUUUCCACAUGGUUUUGGAUAACAGAUGAAACCAUGGCAAACGUCACAUUUCUAGAAUCACUAUGGAAUCACAAAUUUUUCUCAACUAACAUCUUCAUUUUAAUUUUACUUUUAUUAAUUGGAAUUCAUAAGAGAGUCAGAGAACCACAGACUAUCUUAAAAAGAUGUCGGCUGGUCUUGGAUGAUUAUAACAUGUCAUGUGAUGAUAGAGGAAAAUUAAUUCUUAAACCAAGAACCUCUUUACAAGACAAAUAUCCUUCACAUGCAAGAUAGCUGUUAACAAAUCAAAACUCUGGCUA